UGGGAGUUGAAGUCCCAAAUCGCUUGGCGGGCUUAUAUUAAGCUUGGGAAUCACUGCAAAGGCGACCAGGCGGGAUGGAUGGAAGGUAUUGAGGCACUGAGAGCACCUGGGAAGUAGCUCUGAUAUUCUCAAAAAUGAGCAAGCAUCCAACAGGGAAAAGGCCUUUGGAAUAUCAAAAGAGAGGAAACCGGUUAAAGAAGGGAAAGAAGAAACCUCUCACUUCUCAAGAGUCUGACACCUGGGAACCACCGGCUGCCCAGAAGCAUCUCAAAGGCAAAAGCAGAAAUGAAAAGCCAUAUCAGUGUACAGAAUGCGGAAGGAGAUUCUGUUACAGGGGAAGCCUGGAAUCGCAUCAGAAGAUCCACACAGGGGAGAAGCCCUAUGAAUGCAAGGAAUGUGGAAAGAACUUCCUUCGGAGUGGGGAGUUGUGCUCCCAUUUGAGAAGCAACACAAAAGAAGAGUCAUAUACAUGCAGGGAGUGCGGAAAGAGCUUGAAAACCAGCUCAAGUCUGUAUUCGCAUGAGAAAAUCCACCAGGAGAAACCCUUUGCGUGCAUGGAGUGCGGAAAGCACUUUCUUCGGAAGGAUGCGCUUAUAAUACACCAGAGGACCCACACAGGGGAGAAACCAUACGAAUGUGCGGACUGCGGAAAGAGGUUCACCCAGGCUGGGAAUCGGGAUACACACCAGAAAACCCACAGAAGCGAGAAGCCCUACAAAUGCCUGGAAUGUGGGAAGAGCUUUGGCCAGAGAACAAACCUAUCUUUGCAUGAAAAAACCCACACAAGGGAAAAGCCCUAUGCGUGUUUAGACUGUGGGAAGAGGUUCGUUUUGAAUUGUAGCCUGCGGUCUCAUGAGAGGGUCCACACCGGGGAGAAACCCUACAAGUGCAUGGAGUGUGGGAAAAGCUUCUCUCAGAGCCAGAAUUUCAUCUUGCACCAGAGGACCCACACAGGGGAAAAGCCAUAUCAGUGCUCCGAAUGCGGAAAGGGCUUCAGUCAGAGAGGGAAUCUGCGCUCGCAUGAGAGACUCCACACGGGAGCGAAACCAUACAAAUGCACGGAUUGCGGGAUGUGCUUCAGGCACAGUGGAUCCCUGAGCCUGCACGAGAAGCUCCACACCGGAGAAAAGCCACACCAGUGCCAGGAAUGUGGAAAGAGCUUCAUCCGGAUUGGCCACCUGCGCCUCCACGAGAGAACCCACACCGGGGAGAAGCCCUAUAAAUGCAUGGAGUGCGGAAAGAGCUUUUCUCAGAGCGGAAAUCUACGUUUACAUAAGAGAACCCACACAGGGGAGAAACCUUAUAAAUGUACGGAGUGCGGAAAGAGCUUCAGCCUUAGUCAUUACCUCGCAUUACACAGAAGACUCCACACAGGAGAGAAACCCUAUAUGUGCCCAGAGUGCGGGAAAUACUUCAGGCAGAGUUCAAAUCUCACUACGCAUCAAAGAAUCCACACAGGGGAAAAGCCCUACAAGUGCAUGGACUGUGGGAGAUGCUUCAAUUUGAGCAGCAACCUCCAUUUACAUCAAAAGACCCACACAAGGGUGAAGUCGUAAGGGGGAAGUCGUAUUAAAGCCAUCGGAUGUGGAAGGAGUUUCAGCAAGAAGAAUGGACAAACUUCAGCCAGAUCACAAAAACAUACAAUGUCGAGAAAUGAUACUACAGAAGGCCCAGAAAUAUUGGACUCAAAUACACAGGAUUCUGCAAAGAUAUUGUAAAGGUUAAAUUGACAAUGAAGCCUGGACUGUAUUUAUUGGGGGUGCAACACGGAAAAUUAAUUACUGUUCUCUAUAAUCACAGCAACGAGAUUCCUCUCUGCCCAGAGAUGGAAAGAACCAGAUAGUCCGAUACAAGAAUGAAAUUAUGAAAAUACACACAGCUGAGAUAGACAAAUUGACGUCAAUUAAAGAGAAAUCCUUAACUAAAACCAUGAAAGGCCUGGAAAUAUUUGUUAAUGUUCUACAGCAAUGAUGGGGGCAUCCUUCAGCCAUUGUUUUUUUGAUACGGAAGUGUGUUCUUCAAAGUAGAAAGGUAGAAAUAAAGCGAUACUUAAAGGGACCAACAAGUUAGAAAAUCAACGAAAGAGAGGCGUAAAGAUUAGUAGGGGUUUCUUUUAAUGUGUAGAGGUUCUAUGCUGUAGGGAAAGGUGUAUUAGUUAGUUUUGCAUGUAAUGACAAACUUAUUUUUAGCCAUAGUUUUAAUUCCAUUUUGUGUCAAAUUUUACAAGCAUGUUUUUUUUUUCUUGGUUUGUUCAGAUAAAAUGUGCAGAAGGUGUAAAAGACUUGUAGUCUAAAGGAAACUUGGGAAGAUUGGCUGCUAAACAUUUUUUAUGGUAAACGGUUAGGAAUAGCAUAAAAAAGAACAUUAACGAGAAAAUGACAUGUAAUAGAACUAUUAAGUGGAUACACGAUUGUAUAUGUGUGUGUGUGUGAGAGAGAGAGAGAGAGAGAGAUGAAUUGGGAAAUUUGGUGGGACCACAAAUUUGGUGGAGGUCAUCCACCAAGGCAACCAAAGCUGUCUCCGUUCCGUGACCAAGCACAAAGCCAGACUGUGAUGGAUCAAGAUCAUCAAUGUCAUCCAAAAAUUCCUGGAGUUGAGAAUCCACUACACGCUGCAGAACCUUGCCCUAAAAAAGGAAGUUUUGAAAUAGGCCGGAAAUUAUUUAACACUGAGGAGUCCAGGGACGGUUUCUUUAAAGUCAGUCUCACAAUUGCUCUUUUUAAGCUGGAUGAUCAUUGUCGCAUUUAUAAUCCUCAAGAACCACUCAGCCAAUCCAUUGCUGAUAAGUUUGGUAAUUCAGCAAGGGCAAGGGUCUAGAAGACAAAGUUGAAGGUGUUGGAAGAAUACCAGUACCGAUAUCCGAAAUGUGACAUGUUUAUAUCGAUAGUGUAUGUGUUGUUUACUCCUAGAUCUGUUUAUUGUGUAUUAAUAAAAAUGAUUUUUAAAAGAAAA